GCCUCACAAAAACCUGAGAUAAUACUAGGGUGUGUUAGACCAGGGACCCACGAGGAAAAUUUUUUCAACACGCGAAGUCACGGUAAAGGACGCUCACCACGAAGAGGAUUUGUGGAUAUAUUCUACUUUAUCUCAUCUGUUUUCUAUAUAUCCACGAUGGCUGAUGAAUGGGACGAGACUCCAAGUUCCAAUGGAGGUUUUGAAAGUAGCACAUCAGGUGGUGGCUUUGGAGGUGGCUUUGGUGGCAGUAAAGGUGGUGGUUUUGGAACAGGUGGUGGUGGUGGUGGUUUUGGGGGUGGAAACAAUGGCUUUGCAAAUGGUGAUAAGGGCAGUUCUGGUGGGGGUGGGGGUUUCGGUAGAGGUGGUGGUGGGGGUUUCGGUAGAGGUGGUGGUGGUGGGGGUUUCGGAAGAGGUGGUGGUUUUGGUGGUAGUAGUAGCAGUGGAGGAAGUGGCUGCAGAAAAUGUGGUGAGGAAGGGCAUUUUGCUAGAGAGUGUCCGCAAGGAGGAGGUGGGGGUGGAGGGAGCAGGGCUUGUUUUAAGUGUGGUGAGGAAGGUCACAUUUCUAGAGAUUGUCCACAAGGUGGUGGUGGUGGUGGUGGUAACAGAACAUGUCAUAAGUGUGGUGAAGAGGGUCAUAUUUCCAGAGAUUGCACAAACAGCAGCAAUACUGGUGGAGGAUUCGGUGGUGGAAGUACCUCUGGUGGCUUUGGAGGUGGUUUUGGUGGAGGCAGUACAAAGCCAUCAAGUGGUUUUGGUGGUGGCUUUGGCAGCAGCAGUAACAGCAAUCCCAAUGGCUUUGGAGGAGGAUUUGGAGGCGGAGAUGAUGAUACUGCUGGUGGUGGUGGUGGUUUUGGAGGUGGCAGCGGAGGAGGUGAUGACUGUUGUAGAAUAUGCAAGCAAUCAGGACAUUUUGCACGAGAUUGCCCAGACAAACCAGAAAGAGAUGAUAAGUGCAGGCGGUGUGGUGAAAGUGGGCAUUUUGUAAAAGACUGUACACAAGAGCCCACUUUAGACCCUGAUAGACCUGCACCAGUCACAUAUGUACCGCCAGAGCCAUCUGAAGCAGAGGAGGACAUGUACAAAACAAUAGCACAGGGCAUUAAUUUUGAUAACUACGAUAACAUCCCUGUUGAAGUAACAGGCCCUGGAAAUAUACCUGCUGCUAUCAGAAGCUUCUCAGAAGCAGGGCUAUCAGAGUCUAUACAAAAAAACAUCGAAAAAGCAAAGUAUGUAAAACCCACACCGGUCCAGAAAUAUGCUAUUCCAAUUAUUCUUGGGGAAAGGGAUUUGAUGUCUUGUGCUCAAACUGGUUCUGGAAAAACUGCUGCAUUCUUAUUGCCAGUUUUGGCCAGUAUUAUGCAAAAUAAAGAUCAGCUCACUAGCCAACUAAGUGAAGUACAAGCCCCCCUUGGUUUGGUCAUUGCCCCAACACGUGAAUUGGCUAAUCAAAUAUACCAAGAGGCUCGCAAGUUUUCUUUUCAAACAAGUGUUCGUCCAGUUGUUGUUUAUGGUGGUGUGUCGGUUGCGUACCAGUUACGACAGGUUCAGAGUGGUUGUCAUUUACUCGUCGGAACACCAGGCAGACUAAAAGAUUUUAUUGGAAAAAGAAAGAUAUCUCUUGAAAAUUUAAAAUACCUAGUCCUUGACGAAGCAGACAGAAUGCUUGACAUGGGUUUUAUGCCAGACGUUAAAGAAAUCAUCCAUGGUUUCGGAAUGCCGGCCAAAGAGGACCGUCACACGUUGAUGUUCAGUGCCACGUUUCCCGAGGAGAUUCAAAAAUUGGCUGGCGAGUUCUUAAAUAACUACGUUUUCUUAACUAUUGGUAAAGUUGGAAGUACUCACUCUGAUAUUGAACAAACAGUCAUUGAGGUCGACAAUGCGUCUAAGCGAGACAAACUUGUUGAAAUGCUGGGACAAGAAGGUGGCAAUAAAAACUUAGUAUUUGUGCAAACAAAAAGACAGGCGGAUUUCCUGGCAAGUUAUUUGUGUCAAAAUGGCUUUCCAACGACUAGUAUUCACGGCGAUCGAUUUCAACAGCAACGAGAAGAAGCUCUGCGCGAAUUUCGAGCCGGCCAGCAAACUGUUCUUAUCGCUACAGCCGUGGCCGCACGCGGUUUGGAUAUUGCGGAUGUAAAGCAGGUAAUCAACUACGACCUACCGGAUGAGAUCGAGGAGUAUAUUCAUCGUAUCGGUCGUACUGGUAGAAUCGGGAACAAAGGGCGUGCUACGUCGUUCUUUUCGCGUGGAAAUGACGAAGGACUGGCGAGAGCGUUGGUCAAAACAUUGGCUGAUUCUGAACAAGUAGUACCUGAUUGGUUGGAAGAGGUUGCCGAGACAGCUUUAGGUACUGGAUAUGGACCAAAGGGUGGCAGGUUCGCCUCCAAAGACACUCGACGUGGUGGAGGUAUGGCCGGUGGAGGUGGCCGAUUUAACGCCGUUGGAAACGACGAUGGUUGGAAUAACAGCAACGACACUAACGGUAGCGGCGGAACGACCAUAAACAGCGGUGGUGGUGGGGAGGACGAGUGGGACUAACCGCGCAUCAAGAAAGUGUUCUUUCUUGAAUUAAGUAGCUGUUGUUGAGUUGUUGUUCUAUUCCGCCGCGUGUUGUCUUCGUUAACCGCGUCUUGUUUUCCUGUACCGUGAACAAAAAAGAAAAUUCCGCCGAAAUGCAUUUGCUCGGUGUAUAUUGUAUAUUGAAAGUACACGUCUCGUUGAGGACGAGAACAGAUUUUCGGACUAAAAAAAAACUGUAAAAGUGUUUUAUACAUUAUAUUUUUUUAUUUAUUUGUUACAUUGUACUGUUUUUUCCGUAAACUUGCUACUUAUUAAAUAAAGUUUUUUUGCUUGCUAAAA